CAAUCUGAAGAGAGCAAACUUAACCAUAUUGCACCAAGCCUGUCUACCCGACUGGAUAGAUACAAGGGCUGCAAGGACGAGGCAAAUACAAAGGCUGUGGAGUUCUGAAUCUUCAAUGAGAGCAAAUACUGUGGAGUCCGAGAAACACUGGAUGCAUGAUCGUACGAAGUCUACAUUGAUACUCUCACUCACAAUACAGGACUAGGAUCCCGAAUAUGUCUCUUAAAAUUCCUUUGCUUGUCAUCUUUGUCUGCGGUGCCUGGCAAUGCCGGGCAUAUCCAUCUGGGGCACCCGGGUGUAAACCAAACAGCUUACCGGUAUCUGAGUACGAUUUCAUUCCAUCUCACGGAAGUACUGUAGACGACCAGAACCUCCCGUAUUAUGUAAAUGCAACAAAUUCUGGAAAAGAGUGGACAGUGGUGAUCUGGGCUGAAAAUAGUUAUUUUAAAGGACUUCUCUUACGUGUCAUACCACUGAAUUCCUCUAAUACAGUGACAGGAACUUACGUCACAAUGCCUUCUGAUACCAGAAACUGUUCCGAUUCUGAUGCCACACACACUAAUGCUGAUACUAACCACACGUCAUUGAUGUUUGUAUGGAGACAGAGUGAUGCCAUGACAGGAGAUGUUUAUUUCAAAGCUACUAUUGUGCACACUAAAUCUACAAAUUAUAAAAUAACAGCUUCGUCAGUACCAAAUCCGGGAACUACAGUCACACCUUCAGCCUCAACACAGACAGCGAUAACAAUGUCUACUGCUCCUCAAUCCGGCAUAUCCCCUGAUCCAGAGUGUGGGAGUACCAAAGGUUGUCUAUCAAGCUGCAGUGGAGGGGCGUGUUCUUACCUCAUCACGUGGCAAAAGCGAGGGGAUUUAGUGAGAUUUGAAUUAAUGAUCAUGUCAUCUGAAAACAGAUAUCAAGCCAUUGGAUUUUCUAGUGAUAAUAAAAUGGGCGGCGAUAGCGUGAUGGUGUGUAAAUCAUACGGCGGAACAGUGACGUUUGAAUUAGGACAUACUGUUGGUACAACAUACUCCAACUUACCAAGUUUGACAGGGACGGGUGUCAAUGUCUUGGAAUCCUCGCAAACAGAUGGGAGGGUGAGAUGUGUCAUAGAGCGUACCAUAAAUAGUACUAACUCCUAUGUGUUUAGUUUAACACGAAGCUGGCACCUGUUGAGAGCUAUAGGACCUCUGCCAGGUGGCGCUGUAACCUAUCAUAGUACACGCACUGCCAGCAGUUCCCAAGUUGACUUCCUGUCGGCGUCUCUUAUCACGGAGGAACAGCCGGAUAAUCUUAUGGUCAAAAUACAUGGAUCCUUCAUGAUGAUUGCCUGGGUGAUGUUCUCCAGCAUUGGAAUAGUAACAGCAAGGUUCUUUAAGGACGGAUGGGAGGGCAAGACUCUUAUGGGACAAAAAGUGUGGUUCCAGAUUCAUCGCACGAGUAUGGUUUCUGUAUUUCUCUUCACGGUGUCAGCUUUUGUGGUUAUAUUUGUGGAUGUUGGAGAAUACAGAGAGGUUGUAGUAGCGGAUGACAGAGAUUACCUUAAGUAUCAUCCAAUACUGGGCAUCGUUGUAACCAGUCUUACAGUCAUCAAUCCAAUCAUGUCACUCUUUCGAUGUGCACCAACAGAUAAAAAGCGACCAUUAUUUAAUGUUGCUCACUUCCUUGUGGGAACAGGUGCACAUAUUCUAGCAGCCAUCACAGUUUUAUUCGGCAUGAACAUAGAUAGAUCUAACCUUCCAGUUGAGGCUUCAUACGUCAUGUAUGCUUACAUGGCUGUUUUUGUUGUCAUAGAGAUCACCUUUGAACUUCAUAGAGUAUGUCAAAAAGGUCUUAAUUCUAACAACCAUGUUGCCAUGGAAAUGAAAAAUUUUGGUGACAAGAGCGAAAAAAGCAUUCAGUUUGAAGAAAGUCCGAUGAUUAAAAAAGAAGUGUUCCUAUAUUUCCACAUGUUGCUGAUGGUCGCAUUCUGUGUUUCCAUGGUGGUCAUUUUGAUAACAUCCUAGGGACCACUUCAACGUGUCGUUUGAUUCUAGGAAGCAUUGCGACACGUACUUAUUGGAGUGACACACAGAGAGGGAGUGAUGUUUAUGACACCGUAACAGAGAGGGCCCUUCUUCCUAUCUUCAUACAUUACAUCUUUUCUUUAUAGUGACAACUAUUUUUUUCUUUUUUUAUACUGAUAUUGUUUGACGGGUAUUUUGUGUUAUACAAGAAAACUGUCCUGAAGUUAAUACACCAUACGAAAUAUUAACUGUGUACUUUUGUAUAAAUAUUUAUAUAUCAUACAUGUAUAUAUAAGAUCACUGCUGUAUGGAACCCUUUCCUAGAUUAGCAAUCAUGGCUAAAGUUUGUGUUUUAUUGCAUGUAUUGG